AUGGCUCGCAAGUUCUUUGUCGGUGGUAACUUUAAGAUGAACGGGACCAGCGAGUCCAUCAAGAAGAUCAUCAAGAACCUGAACGACUCGAAGUUGGACUCCAAUGUUGAGGUCGUGAUCGCUCCUCCGGCCCUCUACCUCCAGCUGGCCAAGGCCGAAGUCAAGCAGCCCACGGUCCAGGUGUCGGCCCAGAACGUGUACGACAAGCCGGACGGCGCCUUCACCGGCGAGAUCAGCGUGUCGCAGCUGGCCGACAGCGACAUCCACUGGACCAUCCUGGGCCACUCGGAGCGCCGCACGCUUUUGGGCGAGACCGACGAGAUCGUCGCGUCCAAGACCAAGUUCGCCAUUGACGGCGGUCUCAGCGUUGUCUGGUGCUGCGGCGAGUCGCUGGCCGAGCGCGAGGCCGGCAACACCGUGGCGGUCGUCGAGCGCCAGCUGGCUGCGCUCGCGGCCAAGAUCUCGGGCGCCGACUGGCAGAAGGUGGUGAUUGCGUAUGAGCCUAUCUGGGCUAUUGGUACUGGCAAGGUGGCGACUGUGCAGCAGGCCCAGGAGGCGCAUGAGGCUAUCCGCAACUGGCUGAAGGCCAAGGUCAGCGAUGAUGUUGCUGAGCAGACCCGGAUUCUGUACGGCGGUAGCGUCAAGGGCGAUAACUCCAAGGACCUGGCCAAGGAGAAGGAUAUUGAUGGUUUCUUGGUUGGCGGUGCCAGCUUGAAGCCCGAGUUCGUCGACAUCAUCAACUCGAACCUUUAA